UUCUGUUUGUGGCGGAAACUCGAAGCUGAAGCCGGUGUUUUCAUUUCAUGAUGGCUGAGUCGGAAAAUGUAGACAAGGAGCUAAUGGCUUCUGGUGAUGACUGGAUAGAAAUGGAACGCAAAACAUCAUUAACAGACCCUAAAACUACUCGUUUUCAAGUAGCAAAAGUAGAUUUUGCUGCUGAUACUCCAAAGUGUAAAUUUGCAAACGAUGCUGAUGCUGCGGAAAGACAACCUUUGACAGAUCAAAACCAAACUACAUCAGGAUCAGAUGGAGACAGAUACGAUACUCAUAAUGUUAGAAGUUUAAGACAUUAUACCCGAGAAGCUCUUCCUCGAGUAGACCAUUACAGAAAUGUAAUGUCAAUCCAUGGGCAACUUAAUCGUCCAACUCUUGAUGAACUCCAUGACCCAUCACUGACAAUGUCUCCUGACCACAAGGUGCAGUGCAUGUUAAAAUGCUACACAUCGCUACUUUGAUAAACAGCAAAUGUCAACAUUGUGUUGGCUUAUUUCAGCGGAUAAGGAUUGUUUGAUAACUGCAAAAUGCAAAAGGGCUCUUGGCCUGAAGAGGAGUUAACCUAUAUUACACUACACGUAGCCAGUUCGUUCACUGGAACAAGAAACUUUAUUAUUUAAGAGCUUCCGAUGCUCC